GAUUCGAAGCGAGAUCCAGUCCCUCCACAGCGGAGGAAUUGGCCAUUCCGAAUUACAACGAUUACAUUCGGUGCAGCUGACAGACGCGAAGAGAUCGACUCGCACGCCGGUAGCCUUUCUGCCCUAUCCUGCAAAUUACUGUUAGAUUAGCGCCAAUGUACACCACAGUCUGCUUUCCCAAAGUGACGUGAGCCCGCCUGGGGUUUUGGGUUUAGAGCUCACUGGCGGCACGAGGGUCCCAGGCCAUGCGGAGAUUGAGGUUUUGCGAACUGCGGCGGGUUUAGGUCUUUGCAAAAGUCGGCUUCCAACUGCUUGAGAACUAAGUAGCAGGUUUUUGUAUGUUUAGACGCUUGUGAAGAUUCAGAGCUAGGUCUGAACAUCUUUGUGCUCGCUGCGGCUUUGCGGAGGUUGUUGUCACUCCACGGCUUUUACGAACUCAAGCCUAGUUUCGAGCAGCAAAGAUGGGCAAGUCGAAGAAGAAAUCAGUAGAGGUGGCUGCCCCAGUAACCACCAAGGUUGUGCCCGAGAAGAAAGGAGGGAAACGAGCUCUCGAGGAGGCAGCUGACACACCUCCUCCUUCCAAGAAGACCAAGCAGCAAAAGAAGACUCCCCCUCCGAAGCAAGUGGAAUCCUCCUCGUCCGAAGAGUCCGACUCAGAAGAAGAGGCUCCAAAGGCCGCGGCCAAGAAAGCUGCACCCGUCAAGGCAAACGCCAAAGCUCCCGCUAAGAAGCCAGUAGUCGAGGAGAGCAGUGAGGAGGAUUCUUCAGAUGAGGAGAUGCCUGACGCAGUGAAACCCAUUCCUGCCAAGAAUGGCAAAGCAGCCUCUAGCGACUCUGACGAAGACUCAGACGACGACUCUGACGAAGAGCCUGCCCCGAAGGUCGCGGCCAAGCCUGCUCCCAAAGCGGCAGCCAAGCCCGUGAAGGCCCCUGUCAAGAAGGUGGAGGACAGUGACUCCGACGAGGAAUCAGAAAGUGAUGAAGAAGAUGAGCCCGCCAAGCCUGUUGCGAAAGCUGCAGUGAAAGCUGCCAAAGAGGAGAGCAGCGACGACGAAGAGGAGGAUGAAGACGAAGACGAAGCGGAGGAGAAACCGGCUCCCGCCAAGGUUAAAGCGGCUCUUAAAGAAUCCUCCUCAGAAGAGGGAAGUGAUGAUUCUGAUGAAGACAGUGACGAAGAAUCGGAGCCUGUCAAGAAAACCAAUGUUGUAAAGAACGAACCCAAGACACCUGUGAAAUCCGAUGCCGGUGGUGAAGGAAGCAAGACCAUUUUCAUCAAGAAUUUGGCCUGGGCCGUGACCAGCGAGACUUUGUUCGAGUUUUUCGCCGAUUGCGGUGAAGUAUCAGACGUCCGUAUUUCUCAAGAUGACCAGGGGAGGUCUCGCGGAUUUGGGCACGUCGAGUUCGACUCUGCGGCGGCUGCCAAGAAGGCGGUUGCUAAAAGCGGACAGAACUUGGAGGGCAGGGAGAUUUUUUGUGAUCUUGCACACGAGAGGGGUCCCAGGACUCCUGGAGCCACUACUCCAGGAAGAGACUUCAAGUCCCCAGGGGCAAAUGGAGCCGGCACGCCGAGACCAGGGUCUGACAAAACUGCCUUCGUGAAGGGUUUUGACAAAUUCCAGGAUGAGGACUCCAUCCGCAACGGUUUGUCUGAACACUUUGGUGAGUGCGGAGAGGUGGUGAAUGUCAGGAUUCCAACUGACCGAGAAACGGGAGAGAUCAAGGGAUUCGCGUAUGUUGAAUUCGGCGACAAGGAUUCUUUCUCGAAGGCCUUGGAGAUGGAUGGAUCGAAAUUCGGUGGCCGGAAUAUAGUGGUCAACGAGGCUGGUCAAUCCACCCCCGGAGGAGGUGGUGGUAGAGGGUUUGGUGGAGGCCGAGGUGACCGCGGCGGAAGAGGAGGCGGCGGUGGUCGUGGUGGAUUUGGAGGUCGUGGUGGAGGUCGGGGAGGCUUCGGUGGCCGGGAUGGUGGUAGGGGAGGUCGAGGGGGUCGUGGAGGUGAUAGAGGGGGCCGAGGUGGGUUCAAGCCUAAAGUCAAUCUUGCUGCUGCUGGAACAGGCAAGAAAACAACAUUUGACGACUAGGUGCAAAGACUUCACUCAGAUCACUGUAACAGACUUUCUCCUAUACCCUACUACGAAUUUAAUUUAUUCUCCUGAAACUUUAUCAUCCGGAUUAUCUCUGGUACACUUUUGUUAGUGAGCUUUUCUUUUAGAUCGGCAAAAAGUUAUCGGCUUCGUAUCCAGAGUCAAGAUGGUAGAACAGAGUAAACUAAGCUGCAGUGUAGAUGCUCUAGUGUUCACCAAUCACAUAGGAUUUCUCGAAGAGUUCUACGAGGGGUUUUAUCAUUUUACCACGUCAAUUGUAGAGAACAAAUUCUGUGGAACUUGUAAGGUUUAGACAAGUUUUACAGAUGUUAUGGAAUUAUCAGAAUCCACCAAUGGGUUCUCAGGCGCACUACACGCGACUUAUAGUUGCUGCUGUGAAAUGGCCGGGAACAGGAGUUAUCAGGCACCACUGCCUAAACCAACUAAACCUUGUAAUUCUUUGGUUUGAUAAAAUCUCUGUCAAGGAUUUUUUACCUGACAGUAGUCAGCAUACCUACGUGUAAGUCCGUACCAGUGAAUGUAGAAUUUUUUUUCUCGAGAAGUAUUCCUCAAUAGGGAGUGGAAAUAUUGCAAAUGGUGAGCUUCAAUUUUGUAUAAGACUCAAAUUGGAAUAAAUG